AUGCAUGCAGUUCCCAGUCAGGAAAAGACGUUCUCUGUACUUCCUUUUUUUUUACGUGAGAGUGAAAAGAAUGGUGUCUCAAGGAGUUCAGUUCAUUGCCAUUCUUUCCGGCUUAUUGGGAUGGUUAGGAGCCAUCAUUGCAUGUGCUCUGCCUCAGUGGAGAGUGAGUGCGUUUAUUGGAGCAAACAUUGUCACAGCGCAGAUUUUCUGGGAGGGAAUUUGGAUGACUUGUACAGUGCAGAGCACCGGACAGAUGCAGUGCAAGAUUUAUGACUCCAUGCUGGCACUGACCGCGGACCUGCAGGCUGCCAGAGCAAUGGUCGUUAUCUCCAUUUUGGUUGGUUUCAUUGGAAUCAUGAUGUCCAUCGUAGGUGGAAAGUGCACCAACUGUAUUGAGAAUUCACGAGCUAAAUCUAUGGCAUGCAUCAUGGCAGGAGUGGCAUUUAUUGUCGCAGGUCUGCUCUGUUUGAUUCCCGUAUCCUGGACAGCCCAGAGCGUCAUUUCAGAUUUUUAUAAUCCCCUGUUGAUGGAUGCACAGCGGAGGGAAGGCUUCAAAAUGGGGAGAAUUGCCAAGGAAGUGUCAGGCCAGACCCUGUGCUUCAUCGGAUUAGUUGGCUUGUGCCUGACAUGUGGCUUACCCAUGUGGCGUACAACCUAUUUCAUCGGUGCCAACAUUGUGACAGGUCAGAUUGUCUGGGACGGGCUGUGGAUGAACUGUGUGAUGCAGAGUACGGGCCAGAUGCAGUGCAAGAUCCAGUCAUCUAUCAUGACUAUGACGCAGGACCUGCAGGCCGCUCAGGCCCUCAUAGUCAUUGCCAUUUUGGUCUGUUUUGCUGGUGUACUCAUGACCUUUAUCGGUGGAAGAUGUACCAGUUGCUUGAAAAAUGAGUCCUCCAUGGCCAAAGUGGUCCUUUUUGGAGGUGUCCUGUGUAUUGUGGCUGCUGUUUUGUGCAUCAUUCCUGUCUGCUGGUCUGCGGUAUUUACAAUCAACGACUUCACAAGCAGUCUCGUACCCACAGUGCAGAAAAGGGAGAUCGGUGGGUGCAUAUACAUCGGCUGGGGAACAGCAUUCGUUCUUCUUCUCGGAGGGAUAAUUUUAUGUACCUCUUGUCCACCAAGUGAUCCGAACAAUCAGAGAAUGUAUCUCUAUCAAGGGCCUUACAUGGGACCAGGUGGACAGUACAUGCCUCCAAAAGGAUAUCCACCCAGUGCGGCUUAUUCUGGAACGUAUGUUCCAGGUAAAUCAUACAUGGAUCCAAGGGUUUACUCACCUGCUCCAAGGCCAUACAUGUAAGCAAACAAAUGUGGACAUGGACUCCUAAUUUAAAUCAAGUCACUGACCUUGGAUUUGUCCUAAACAAUAUCUGUGUCUCCAAAUGUAUGAUUGAACUUAAUUAAAUGUGUACAACCGUUAUAUAUUUUGUGAUAUAUAGCUGAUGAGCAGAUUUUAUUGUGAUUUUUUUAUGCUGAAGUUUUUUAAAAGUGUUGCCUGAAGCCUGAAUUGUUUUUAAAUGUCUUUUAUAUAUCGUCUUAAAUGUAAAUCUCAGGUCACUUUAAAAAAAAAACGUCGAAAGUCAAUAGCUCAUGUGAUAAUAGUUUAAUAUCUCAUGUAUAAAGAUGGCAUAUCAGUUUUGCUGGAAAUGUUUUGUUUUUUCUCUUUUUCUCUGUAACAAUGUACAAAUUCAAAAUGUGGUUAUAUAAUAAAGUGGUUGAUUUGUAUAUA